GCAGAUCUGCGGUGCUUGUUGGCCACGAAACCAAAAUGGACUUUUGGAAGAUUCUAUUGCUGUUGAUGCAUUGCAGAAAUGUAAUUGCCACUUCAGGUUCCUUCUGGCAUAUCUCAGACCUUCAUCUUGACCCAGAGUAUCAAAAGUCCUCCGAUCCCUUGAAGGUGUGUCCAUCUGCUGGCACUCAGCCAGUGAUCAGUGCAGGAACCUGGGGUGAUUACUUGUGUGACUCUCCCUGGAUUCUUAUCAACUCUUCUAUUUAUGCCAUGAAGAAGAUUCUUCCUGAUCCAGACUUUAUUCUUUGGACUGGAGAUGAUACUCCUCAUGUGCCAGAUGAAAAGCUGGGAGAUGAAACAGUGUUGGAAAUAAUAAAAAAGCUAACUAACCUAAUCAGACAUGUCUUUCCAGGUAAAAAAAUAGUAGAAUAAGUGGGCAAUAACAAGCUAAGUCCUAAAAAUCUCAUACCCAUUCAAAGAAUCCAGUUGAUCAACUUAGCUGCUUCCUACCAUACAUUUUCUGAUCCAAACUGACGUAUUCACUGUUUUGCAGGUGCUUUUUACAGUCAAUUGCUGCCUGGUCUUGGACCAAGAAGGCGAAUAAUUGUCCUCAACACCAAUCUGUACUAUGAAAGUAAUAAUCGGUCCGUGAGUCUGGAGGAUCCAGGAGGCCAAUUCCAGUGGCUGCAAACUCUGUUGACCAAGGCAUCAGAAACAGGAGAAAAGGUCUAUAUUAUUGGACAUAUUCCUCCUGGUGUCUUUGAAAAGAAACGAGGCAAACCCUGGUUCCGAAAACACUUCAACCAAAGAUAUACAGAAAUCAUUCAGAAACAUCAUGCUGUAAUUGCAGCACAAUUUUUUGGGCAUCACCAUACAGAUAGCUUUAGAAUGUUCUAUGAUAACACAGAUUUCCCGAUCAGUGUCAUAUUUUUAGCUCCAGCAGUUACACCUUGGAAAACAACCUUGCCAGGUGUGCAGAAUGGAGCCAACAACCCUGGCAUCCGUGUUUUUAAAUAUGACCGUGAGACUCUGCUCGUGAAGGAUAUAGUAACUUACUAUUUAAACCUCACCCAUGCUAACAUGGGUACUCCAGAGUGGAAGAAAGAAUACAGCCUGACAGAGGCAUACCAGAUCCCGGAUGGUUCUGUUCGCUCCAUGCAUCUGCUUCUGGAGAAGCUUAUGAAAGAUGAAAGCCAGCUCCAGAAGUACUACCAAUAUAAUUCAGUUCAGUACGAUAGCACAUUCUGCGAUGACAGCUGCCAGACAGAUCACAUCUGUGCUAUCAGAGAAGUUGACUUUGAAAGAUACAAUCAAUGUGUUACAGCCAGAAGUGCUGCAGCUGCAACACCAAUUCUGGACAUUUUCUUAUUUUGCCCCACAAUGGGUCUCAUUACUUUAGGUCUCUUGGACGUCUUGAGCAAGCUGGGCCACAAAUAGCACCACGUGGAUUCCACAAGAGUAAAGAAACAUAGAAUGGAAACUAAUCAAGGAGA